CACGUGAGCCCAUAUAAGGGCGGCGGUCGCUGGAGAGCACCGCUCAGACCUCGCCGACGCGCGAGGAGGGUCGAUGGCGGUGGUGCUGAUGCUGCUUACCGCAACGCGGCUCCGUUAAACGUACAAAUUAUCGUCUCUCUUAAGGGGGGUGACACGGUUGCCUCGAGCGAAUGCACCACGCAAACAUUGUGCUGGGGUGGGUGGUUUCCCGCCCCCUCUCCCCAACUCUUCAAAGUUUGGGAGUUUAAGGCGAUAAGCCCCGUCGGCUUUAUCGGUGAUAUCGGCUCUGCGAGGUGCGUGAGGCGCUCGGAGAAGGAUAUUUAUUUGAAUUGGUGUGCAGCUGAAGAGUUGAAACUAAGAGGCAAGCUGACCGAGUUUUAAAGCGCGCUCCGGGAAUGGAUUAAGGCCCAGAUAACUAUCGGGACGAGGGGGCAAGUCCUGAGCAGCUCGCCCUGCUGUUGGACACUGUUGUCCUUGCCCCACCUACAGACGCACACACCUCUCAGCUCGCCGGCGGCGUACGUCACCGUUCAGGAUUCGGAACCGACUCGGCACCGGCGCCUACCGUGGGAUGGCCGCGCUGCUGGUGCGGCUGCCCAGGGGCCGGCACGCCGCAGUACUCACCGGGGCCUCGCGGGGGGCGGGCCGCCCCCACCGGGCCGCCCCCAUCCCCGACGGGCCCCUGGCGCGCUGCUGGUUGCACGUGGCGGCAGCGGCGCGGCGGUGGCGCGCGCGCUCGGAGCGGGACGACCGCCCCGCCGUGUGGGACAACUUCGGUAUCUGGGACAACCGGUUACAGAAGGAGCCCAUCAUGCUGCCGCCCAGCAUCAAGUACGGCAAGCCGAUCCCGCAGCUGAACCUGGCGCGUGUGGGCUCUGCAAGCCAGACAGGCCGGCGCUCGGCCAACGAGGACCGCUUGAGUGUGGGCGCCGUGGACGGCACGAUGCUGUACUUCGCCGUGUACGACGGCCACGGGGGCGCCUACGCCGCCGAGUUCUGCGGCGCGCACAUGAAGCGCUGCAUCCGGAACCUGGUGGAGCAGGAGGAGGACCUGCAGGUGGUGCUGCGCCGGGCGUUCCUGCAGGUGAACGAGGAGUUCACGCUCGCGGCCCGUGCGCCCGGCAACGAGGCGCUGCUUCCGUGCGGCACCACGGCCACGGUAGCGCUGCUGCGCGACGGCGUGGAGCUGGUGGUGGGCAGCGUGGGGGACAGCCGCGCCAUCCUGUGCCGACGCGGGUUGUCGCGCAAGCUCACCGAGGACCACACGCCCGAGCGCCGUGACGAGAAGGAGAGGAUCCAGAAGUGCGGUGGCUUCAUCGCGUGGACGAGCCUGGGCCAACCGCACGUCAACGGGCGCCUCGCCAUGACGCGCAGCAUCGGCGACAUCGCCCUCAAGGCCGUGGGCGUCACGGCCGAGCCGGACACGCGCCGCAUCAUGCUGAAACACGGGGACGACAGCUUCCUGGUGCUGACGACAGACGGCAUCAACGUCAUCAUGAACAGCCAGGAGAUCUGCAACAUCGUGAGCCAGUGCAACGAGCCCUCCGAGGCUGCUCAGCUGGUCGGUGAACAGGCCAUGCAGUACGGCUCGGAGGACAACACGACGGUCGUGGUGGUGCCGUUCGGCGCGUGGGGCAAACACAAGGGCGCCGAGGACAGCUACUCGGUGGGGCGUACGUUCACCUCCAGCUGGCGCUGGGCGUGACGCCGCCGCCAGGCACCAGGCACCCAGCAUCCCCCCCACGGCUCACAAGUGGAGGGGAGGGCGGGGGGCGCCUUUUUAGAAUUCCCCCAGGGCUCACGUAGUGUUGAAGGGAAGUCGCCGUUUAACGGAGUUUUUAAAAUAUCGUCUGUUUCCCCGAGUGAUUUUUUUUUUUAAAUCCAGGACAAUUUUCCUGUACGUGCUCUGUGUAAAUAUAAAACGUCGCACUUUUUACAUGUGAUUUAAUUUUGCUGCUUGUUCUCAAACAGAAGCUCCAUUUUUUUGUUGUUUACGAGCCGGAGGUCGGAGCCAUGGCGCUGUGAACUCUGCGAUCUGGGUUCAAUUCCCUGCCAGUACUGGCAUCGGGGGCGAGCGAUAUCUCAACCGGCCCGCACUGACCAGCACGGCGAUGUAUGUUCAAAUGACCAUCGUCAAAGGCAAAGCGUGGGGAGGCCUUCAUCCAGCAGUAAAUUGAUAACGGAAUGAAAACCGUAUAUUAUUGGCUAAUUUAAUUAUCAAAAGCGGCCAAAUUCGCAACGGUCACAGAGGUCAUUGGGCACGAAAAAUCUCUUCGAUAAGACCUCGUAAAACAGCUGGCAAAAUCGUCACGGUCAUCUAAAUGGCAGGGGCGGCUGUUACGUCAGUGGUGGUAGUUUGUACAAAAGUGCCGUGAGCGAUGCAGUACUAAGGGACGGUUCUCUUUUCAAUUACCAGUUCACCAAAUAAAUUAAUACAUUUCAGAAUGGGGGCGGCGAAACAGCGGCUUCCGGGUGCUGCGAGUGCGGCUCACUGUAUGCGCAGAUGCGUUGAAACUUCUCGGAGCAACUUUAAUUGAAACAGGAAAAAAAAUCUGCGGAAGCGGCCCGGGUCACUCGCCCCUUGGCAGCAAAGCCAGACGCAAGUACUCUGGGGGCGCUCUCACCGAUUUCCAAAUUUAAGAACUCCAUUUCCACAGCAGUGCGAGAGAACCGGCCACGUGGCCCGCUCGGCGCACGCACCCCCGGUGUGUCUGUCGCUAGCGCCGGAGAGACAUGUUCUAGUGCACGCGUGUCUUGUGGCGCCCGGCCCCAUUGAAGGUGUUGGUUUGGCGUAGGGCAGCGACGGGCAACCCAGACGAGUCGGUGGGCCACACGAGCGGCCCUCCACCUCAGUGGGCCACGAGCUUGACAUCGUGCUUGUCCGCUAAUCGUGACCCCACCGCUUGCCGCUAGACACGCCGAGACCAGGCCACCAUGAGGGGCUCCACGUGCCGCAGGUUGCCCAUCGCUGGCGCUGCGCCGGGAGGUUUGGCUACCCCUGGUCCCGACCGUGAACGUGUGCCGCGGGAGCCGACGGAGCCACUGUACCUCGGGGCACAUUGACAACCCCGACGCACGAACACUCCGAAGCACAGCUGCGAGUUGUAUAGGUGGCAUUUAAAUAUGCAAAUUAUACAAAACUGUAACCGAGCAGUUAAUUCAUGCGUGGCUUCACGGGGUUAGGCGGAGCGUUGAGAAGAAACGCUCAACGGGCGGCCCACACUCGCGUUACAAGCGGACGCGUUCAGUUCCGAAUGCGUUAACCCUUCUUAAAGCGUACCGUACAGUGUUUAUAUAUUCUGAUGUGUUUGUACGGUAACAGGAUAGUUGGCGCGUUGUACGCCGUCUUGAGCCGGCUGCGUGUGCACGAUGUAAAUAGUGACGCCGUGUCGUGGCCGUGGCGUUCGGGCGUAGUCGGCGUGCGGCUCCGCGGGCUCGCCUCGCAGCAGCCGAAACUUUUGUAAAUAUCCGUCUUGGUUGUGGUUGACGAUGCUGGCCACGCCCGGUGACAAUCGUUGUAAUCCACGUUGUACAUUAGCCGCAGGAAGUCGCACGGCAGCAUCGCUGUACGUACUUUAGUGUCAAGGCCAGGCUGCAGAUCCCUGCACCUCUGCAAGGGACACGCGGUCAAUCGGUUCUCUUAACAGCUGUGAAAACUAUUUAACAGAGAACCAAUUAAGACUUAAUACGUUUGGGGGGCAACCACACGUUCACACAGCUCAGUCACUGCAAGAGGGCCCUCGCAAUGGCACAAGUGGCUGAGCGCAUUGCAAUUUGGUACGCAGUGUUGCUAGGUUGACAAGAUUCCCCCCCUCUAGUUGCCCGAUUAGUGUGAAUAGGAUGUUAGUAAUUAUAGAUGAAUAUUGUUUGCAGGCUGUGUUUUAAGUGGUAGGCCUAGGGUUGCAACCUGUCCGGGUGUGACCCGGGCACCCCAGGAAUUAGCACCUGUGUUCGGGUGGCAGUAGGAUUUAAUUUGUGCCAAGAUCUGGAAGGGGGGGAGGGGUGUUGCCGUGUUGGGCUUCACUGCAGGAUGUUGCACACUUCUGCUAGACUUAGGCUGACCGAGAAAUCCAUCUGGGUUUGUCCUGCGGACGAGGCUGGCCCCAUGCGGUUGUGGGCAGUGUGAAGCGAAGUUGCGGGCCCAGUGUUCCUGUGCCCGGUUGAACAACGAUUACCUUGCUGCAAUGGAAACCGCAAAUCAUCUCCCAUUGUGACCGGCCCGCCACUAUGGUUCACAAACUUGUAUCCCCUGUGUGUCUGCCCGACCCUUAUUCUUGAUUUACGUACUGAUCUCGUUUAUUUAUUCACGUGAAAUGUAGAUGUAUGUACAUUGUAGACCCGUGUUUAUAGGCGUCCGUGUACAUUUUUUACUGUAAGCAACAGAUGGAGCACUUUUCCUCUGUCUAAUGUCGCCGCCGUUGCGAUCUGUGAGUGGCACUCGUGGGCGGCUGAGCGGAGAGCAAGAUGCUGGUGGAAGUGAUCGGGCUGGAAAGUUACAGCAGUGACUUGGCCUCUACGUGAAACAAAGUCUGGAGACGCGCUGUGCAAAUCAUCGAUUCAUCUCCAUUCUAAAAGCUCGCACUGUGCGCUGCAUUGAGCGGUGUGCUUACACAUUUAUUUGGUUGGAUUCCCAAAGGCUCGCUUGCUGGUAAUGGGGUUCCUAUUAUUGCAAGUAACUGGUUGGCUGCGGCACUCGGCACAAUGUAAAAAAUAAUCGGUGAUAAUCGCGAAUAAAAUCGUGAUAAUUCAUUGGAUUACAACGGUGGCCUGGGGCAUGGCGGGGGGGGGGGUUCAAUUUCUCCCCCUCCCCCCACCCAGUGAAGGAGGAGCGCGCACAGGGGAGCUAAUUCUACCCUGUACUUGAAGUGGCCUCUGCCACUUUCUGUCGGCCUCAGCCGAGCCACGUGUCCACGGCAGCCGCUACGCACGCACCCGUGAUCCAUGACCAGCGGUGGUGGCGGCGCGCACGCACGCGUGUCGGUAUGCGCGUUGGCGGCGCCACUGCACGGCCCGAGGGCACCUGAGCGACCUCGUACAACCAUGGGCCCAGCUGCUGCCCUUGGGAGUUUGCCUCUCGUUUUUCGUUGUGUACAGUACUCGGUUUACAGUACUCGGUUUGGAUCGCACGCGGCAGCAGUCGUUGCUGCUCCCUGCUGCAAACUCACGCCCUCUCGCAGGCCAGGUGCCGAGCCAGCUUGUGCCGCACAGGGACAGCUGCUGCCGUGGGUCCCCGAAGCAAAACCACUCGUGAAUCAUCGCCCCCUACUGGCAGAAUAACGCCCGCUCGCAAGCCAGGUGCCGAGCCAGCUUUUAGCUUGUCGCACAGGGACAGCUACCACUGCGGGUCCCCUAAGCAAAACCACUCGUGAAUCAUCGCCCCCUACUGGCAGAAUAACGCCCGCUCGUAAGCCAGGUGCCAAGCCAGAUUGUAGCUUGCGUCGCACAGGGACAGCUACCACUGCGGGUGCCCUAAGCAAAACCACAUGGCAAUCAUUGGCCUCCCCCCCCCCCCCCUUACUGGCAAACUCACGCCCGCUCGCAGGCCAGGUGCCAGAGUCACCUUGUGCCACGCAGGGAUGGCUGCCACUGGGUGUGCCCUUUCGAGACGUGUCGAGGUGAGAAGUGAUGCGAAUUCGCUCGACGCGUGUGAAGAAACGCUCUGGAGACGCCGCGUCAUCAUCUGCAGAACCGACGCCGAGGAUGACUUUGCAUCGUGUGUCGGGUGGUGCUUUCGGUUCGGCGAGACGGAACUGGAUGCACUUUUUGAGGACUGCUGUGGGGUUGUCUUAAGGCAUCGUUUUUGGUGGCCCUGGAAUUAAACACGAGUCGCGUCACGAUGCAAGACGACGGUGUCGGCAUGCAUUGUGGGUUUUUGUUUUAUCCCCAUUCACGGCAUGUGAUUUUUUUAUUAUUACUGCGUUGGAACCCGGAUCGUAGUGCAUUGUUUGAGGUUAUUAUUGCGCGAGUUCUGUAAUGUUUGCGUGGCUUCGUUGAGUGCGAUACUCAAGUGUGCUGUAGGUUCUGUUGCAAUAUGGUUUACUCACUAUCCAUUAAACACGUACAGUAUUCGUA